ACGUCCACUGGUCGUCCACUGGUCGCCCACUGAUCUACCUGCCGGUCGCCUGAACAGCGCCCGCGAACGCGAGUGGGUCGGGCAAUGCAAGCGGACAAUCCGCGCGGAGGAAGACCCGCUCGGCGUCGAUCUCGCUCACGUCCCACACCUCGGGCGCCGACGGCAGCGGUGCCAUGAGGCUGCUCGGCGCGAAGCUGUCGUGGCUCGCGAACGCCGCCGUGCGCGGCGCGUGGCGGCCCGUCGUGUGCGCGACCAGGGGAGGCAUGAUCGGCCCCGGCGUCGACGUCAGGUCCCUUGACGUGUACCUCGACGCUGCGCACGCUCCCCAUCUUGCGGCGGCCCGCGUGGAUCUCGGCGCCGAGCCACGCGUCCUCGCCGUCGCCGCCGUUGUCGUUCCACAAGUGCACGUUUGCGUAAGCGGUGCAGAGCUCGUCGUCGUCCUCGCUCGUGUCCUCGCUGGGCGUGGCGGCAGCGACGCUCGCGAUGAGCUCCGCGCCGAGGCUGCACCCACAGAGCACACGGUACGUGCGCACGAGCGCCGUGGCGUCCCAGUGCACGCGCAGCGUGAGCAGCCUGCCGUCGAGCAGCGGAUGGUGCCGCGCGGCAGAUAAAAGGUCGGCGAAGUAGAUGUUGAGGGAGGGGUGGAUGAAGGUGUACGCCUCGGCGCGGUUGGGCGAGGAGGAGGACAGACUGGGGAGCGCAGGUGGAAGAGGCUUCGUGAGCGCGCGGAGCCGUUGCAGGUCUUCAGAGGUGAUGAUGUGGUUUGCGGAGGGUGUUAGUUAGAGAUGAGAGGCAGGGACCGCAAGCGGGGGGAUGGAGACGACGGAGACGCAUCGUGCGGGAAUAAGGAAGAUAUCUGCAUGCGGGGAGAUAUUGAGUUGAACGAGACCGAGAGCGAGGUGUUGGUAGAGGGACGGCAAGUCGUGUAGGCCUGGUGAACAGCAGGCAAGACGAUGAGGCGCGUGCGGCCACAUCUGGAGCAUCGACGCCGCGUUGGCGGGCACGCGCCGCAACAACGCGAUGCUUGUCACGUCCGUCUGCAAGUCUGUGGUGCUCUCGCGCGAGUGCACCAGCGUCGGGAGUGGAGACGACGUGAUUAAUUGUUCGUGAGGUGAUUAGUUGCUUGUUUAAGUGGUCAUGCAUUGUAAGUGGCAAUUUACUGGUAAGUGACCACCAUUGUUUUGGCGAUGAGUGAGCAAUGAGUGGGCAAUGAGUGGGUGUUGUGUGGGUGAUGUGCGGGCAAUCUCCUAGCAAGUGGCCAUCAAUGCGCGGGGCAAUGAGUGGGCGCACAG